AUGCAGCAGGUGCUGGGGCCCACUGACCUGGCCUCGUCGCUGUACGACCCGAGGACUGGCGGCGCGCUGCCCGGGUUCCUGCACGUAUUCCGCCCCCUGGCCGACGACGCCCUCGCCGCGGCGGCGCGCCAGAAGCGGCGGCAGGAGGGCCCGGCGCCGCCAGAGGCGCCGACGGAGCCAGCAGAGCACCCCGAGGAGGGCCCCGCGCCGCCGGAGGCGCCGAAGGAGCCCUCAAAUAAGCGCCCUGAGAGGGGCCCGGCGCAGCCGGAGGAGGGGCCAGCUGAGGCGGAGCCGCCCGAGGGGCCGGCGCGGCCGGGACAGGACCAUGACCCACCGGACGAGCAGGCGGGCGCAGGCGGCGGGAGGCGGGCGAGGGGGAGGAGAGAGAAGACGAGGAGGCGGAAGAAACGGGAUCCGCCGCCGCCGCCGGAGGGGGAGGAGGCGGUGCUGAUAGACAUCACGGGCUGGCUCGCGAGUUUCGCGUCGCCCGCGCUGGCGGCCGGGGAGGAUGCUGCGCCCAUGGGCCACCGCAGACCGCCGUCGAUGGACAGCGACGCGCACUUGGUAGAGGCGCGGGCAUUCCCGCAGAACUUCUGGCUGCGAUAUGUGGCCAAGUCGCCAGGCGACGGCGGUGCAUCGGAUCAGGGACAGCCUGCGGUGUACUACAAUGUCGCCUUUUGCUGCCUGCCCGUGGUGCCGAUGGUUCCGCGCGCCAAGGACCGUCGGGUGGGCUUCUUCGAGACGCGUGUCAGCAUCGGCGGUGAGGUCAGGGUGAACGAGGACUGCAGCGUCAUCAACCGCUGGAACUUGGAACGGCAGGGUGGGCACAUCAACUACUACGUGGACCCCGCGGUUCCGAAGAUCUACCACGAGACCAUCAGGCAGGGUGUGGAAAGCUGGAACACGGCCUUCUCUGCCGCGGCGUGUGGCGAAGGCGUUCUCCGCUGCCAUCUGCCCGGGGAAGACGGCUUCCCCGAAGACUACAGCCGCGGCGACGCUAGGUACAACUCGAUCUACAUGACCGACUCGCUGCUCCCGGUGUAUGGAUUCGGGCCCUCGUUGCGAGACUUUCGGACAGGUGAGCUCCUCGUGGCCCACGUCCUCCUGGGCUUCUCUGCCUUCGUCGAAGGGGUCUCGCGCCACAGCGCCGAGGCACUGGCGGAGCACUUCGUUCGGCCGACGUGCGGAUGCCGGGCCCCCCUGCUGGACGCCAACCACCCUCACGUGCUCAAGAGGAUCUUGUCCACGGUCGUGCACGAGGUGGGGCACACGCUCGGCCUGCGCCACAACUUCCUUGCCCCCGAGGACGGCAACACCAGCGUGAUGGCCUAUCAGGACGACCUGGACACGUCGGGCGACCCGCGGCAGCCGGUGUGCGGGGGGCUGAUGCUGGAGGCUCCUGGGGCAUACGACGUGUUCGCCAUCAAGUACGGGUACACGCCCUUGGCUGGGGAGGAGACUGGUCAGCGCCACCCGUGCCUGGACCUGCUGGCGAACGGCCAGGAGGUCACCGACGGGGCACUUGCGAACGUGCCGCGCAACCCGCUGUUCGCCUCUGACGAGGACUGCGGAGGAGAGGACCCCCGCGUGAACUGCUGGAACGCGUCCGUGCAUCGCUGCGGCUACGACAAGCUGCAGUACGCGCUGCACCAGCGCGGCGAGCUGCUCGAGCUGGCCCGCGCGGGGGCCAUCUUUCCCGAGACCUUCGCCGAGCGGCUGCGCAUGUCUUACUCCGUGGUGCAGCGCCACGUGCACGACGCGCUGAGGCUGAUCGGCGGCAGCUUCCUGGACGCCGGCCGCAGGAAGUUCAGCCGGUGCCCUGGCGCGGACGCGCUCGAGGCGCUGCGUGCGGUGGUGGACUUCUGCGUCGGGCCGUUGGCGAGGCUGGGCGAGGACGAGGCUGGGCGCAUGAUGCGGGCCUUUCCCGGCGAGGGCUAUGGCGUCAGCAGGUUCUACCUGCUCGCGUCCCACCGAUCGAACGUGCAUCGCCUGCUGCGCAGUGCGCUGGGGGCCUCCCGGCUGGAGAGGCUGGAGAUGCAGCGGGCCGCCUGGCAGGAGGGGGCGGAGCCUGGAUCCUCGGGCGCGCCACUCGCGACGCUCGACGUACUCUGCGCGGUCGCUUUCCAACCCGGCAGGUUCGCCGAGGGCCUGCUGCACCCCUUCUCCGCCAGGGAGUCCGAGGCGUGGGUCGCCCCCGCGGGCCGCGCCAUCAGCGAGGCCGCGGCAGACGCCGUGCGGGCCGAGGCCGCCCUGGCCCUUGCGAGGCAGGUCAACGGCCUGGCCCACGAGGAGAGGGCCCUCGCGGCCGUCCGCGCCGGCGCCAAGGCCUUCAUCCACGAGGCGGCCCUGGCGCUGAAGCCCGCGGGGGAGGCCGUCGGCCUCACCCCCGCGGCCAGGGCGCACUGGGCCGCCGUCGUGGAGCAGCUGAACGCGCCCCCGGACAGGCGCGCUCUGGGCGACGGCGCCGCGCCAUUCAUGAUGCUGCUCGGGCAGGAGCCCGACCUCGGCGAAGAGGCGCCCGGCCCGUGGCAGCCCAUCUGCCCGGGCCACGGCGCCUGUGGCGGCUGCGGCCGCGGCUGGGGUCCGCCGCUGCACCUGCGGCCAGUGCGGAGGAGACGCACCGUGGACCCCGGCGGCCGCGGCCUGCGCGCUGCGCCGCGGCAGUGGGCGGCGCGGUCCCGGCUGUAG